AUGUCAAUGACGCCGAAAGUGUUGCUGGAAAAGACUGCAAACUCGGAUCUCACUCAAAACGAUCGCUCUGUCUCACAGUUUAUGGAGCUUAUCUUCAAUCAGAUUGCUAUCAUGAAUCCGCAGGAACAUGCGGUGUUCGAGAAUGGGAAGGUGUUCAUGGUUCAUCCGUGGAAUUUUGGCUUCAAUAGGCAGGAUUGCCCAGAUGUUGGAGGGGGAAAGAGACUUUUCCCUGGUACACAAAAGAGUGUGCGGUUCAUCGAGGGACCAAAUGGGCGUGAUUACAACAAUCCAGCUCUCAUUAUUGAUGCGAAAAAGGCUGCGUUCCAUGAAGAGCUUAGUUUAAUCGAGAAAGCAAAAGCGAUUCUUGGUGAUGAGUCACUUGCGAAUGUGACCGAAAUAGGAGCUGAACGUCUAAAUGCAGGCAUGAGAGGUUUAUUCUUCUACACAAAGCACAUGGGUUACGAAUGUGAUCAUCAAAUUGCUGGCAUAGCGAAGCACACUGCCAUCGAUACUACGUAA